AUGCCGGGAGACUUUGAUCAUGGCUGCGCCUUCGAAUUUGACGACCUCUGGCGCGAUGUUCUCCUUGCGCAGAAGCCGCAAGGCGACACUAUCUUCGCCGCGUUGCCUGAUACGCACAUCGCGCCCUUGAAAGCGGUCGAAAUUGUUCAAGAUAGCGACUUCUUCAAUCUCAACGACAUCGGUCUAGGACUGCCGCGUCUGGAGCACGAGGACGACGAGGUAGAGAGCUUCGAUCACGCGUCACCCUCCACCUUGAAGCACCAGCAGAUUGCAUCCGAGCACGAACUCGAACACGAUCUCUGGAAUGUUUGCAGCGGAGAAGACGCGACACCCAAUCCACCGAAGCUCUUCACCUGGGAAGAAUUUACUCGCAAGUCUGUGCCCAGAGCCGCAUUCUUGUCUGAAGCCGGGCCAGCAUCCUUCAACGCUGCCCUCAGUUCGAUCGCCUCUGUCAAGAAACCAUCAGGUCUGUUGCCUCGAGAUUACACACUGCGCGCUUGCUGUAGUCUGGUGCUUGGGAGAGGCUCGAGCCUGUUUCGAUGGGAUGAUACCAAGCAGCGGUUUGUGCAGAAUGUGGACGGCACGGCCGUUGACGGCCUGAGCCACACGUGUUCAGCUUCAUUGAUGCAGCUUUUCCUCGGCACUGGCUCAACCCUUCGAAGGCUUCGAGUCUUUGCGGAGCUCGCAGGCUCGGCGCGGUUCUCGUAUGCGGCUCUACUGGCAUUCAAAAGCUGCAUCACCAGUGUCUUGAAUGCUAUCGAAGAACAUGCGACAAGGACUAUGUCAAGGAUCCGCACUCUUGUUCAGCUGCAACACAUCAUUGCUCCUUUCGACCGGCUUUUAUCAAGCAUCAACACCUUGGUGAAGGACUCUAAGCAUUGCAGCACUGACGAAAGCCUCAUCUCGACCGUCUCAGAUCAUGUUCACAACGCAAUUCAGACAGAGUAUGACCUCCUCCCAGCAUACCGAUGUCUCCUUGCCCGAGUGAGCGCCCCUUGGCUGGAGAAGAUCGCGCAGGAUGUUGGUCUCAGAACUUCGGCCACCGUACUGACUGGCUCUGUCAAAGCACCCGAAGCACAGCCUGGACUUGUCGACAAAGUAGACCAGGAGCUCAUCGAGCAGACUGCAGCCGCUGUGGGCCUACUGCGCGAUCUUGCGCCUGAUCACAGUCUUUUGCAUGAACGCUGGCACGAUGAGAUCUCGUCCCUUACGCCAGCAUCCGACGCCUACCACGGCAGUCUCACAAUGCCUUCGCAGCUAUCACGCACAGAGCACAGUGUACAAGAAACAACGCAUAGCAGCGUUUUCGAGUCAAAAGAGCUCCCUACUCACGUUACAAACUUCCGCGAACCAUCGGUUGAAGAGGCUCGUGGAAAGGCGGCAGAUGCACCACAAGACUACCUUCAGGACAUGAACGCUAUCAUGUCUGAAGAGCCAGUCACGUGGGCGAGCAAUACCGUCGAUGAAGUCUACGAUGGAGUCCUAGCUAUUGCACAAGACUGCUCGCAAGAAGCUCUACUUGGUUCCAAGCACCUCAUGGCGGAGAGCAGCAUAAGCCCUUUCGAACAGAUGCGACCUAUGGUACAGAAGCAGCAUCGUCAGGUCAACGGGAUAUUACUACGACAGCUGUUCAAGCAGCAUAAGCUCCGCCAGCAUCUGCAGCUCCAGCGAGCAUUUCAUCUACUCGGCAAUGCUGAUUUCGUCGACCGUCUCUCGAUGGCGCUCUUCAGCUCUGACGUACAAUCUGCGGAGCGAAGACGUGGUACGAUCCCAACCGGACAGUUGAUGGGCCUUCGCCUGGGUACGACUCAUGAAGAGCGCUGGCCACCUGCAAGCUCAGAACUACGGCUGACACUGACUGGCAUCCUCAACGAUGCGUACCGUGGUACUGCGACAGGCAAGGCACCAGUAUCAUCCAAGAAUGACACACUACCCGGUGGGCUCAGCUUCUCAAUACGCGAGCUACGAGAGCACGAAAUCGAUCGUGUUCUCGACCCCAACUCCAUCUUCGCAUUGGACUUUUUGAGGCUGCAGUACGCUGCUGAAGCACCAAUCAAUGCAAUAAUCACUACCGACAUACUCAGCAAGUAUGAUGAGAUCUUCCGGUUCCUGCUGAAGUUGCUGAGGUUGAUUCACGUCAGUGCCAACUUGACCCAUCAGGUAAGAGCCGAUGCUUUAUCCGGGCCCGUUCGCAGACUCGCUAGCCACGCGAACCAUUUCAUCUCGGUGUUGAUGUCUCACAUUAUGGGUGUGGGCGUCGACGAACCUUGGACCGCGCUGAUGCGCCAUGUUCAUGACCUUGAGCAGGUCUUGAGCCGGGAAGAUGCUGAAGAACCCGUUGGAACAGGGGUCACAUGCAACAUGGAGAGUCUACGUCAAGCUCACGAGACAUGUCUAGAGCGCAUAAGGACCAGACUCUUCCUGAAGAGGCGACAGGAGAAAGUUCGUCUUGCCAUUGAGGGCGCGCUGGCUAGCAUUCUUAGCGCUGCCUUCACCCUACAGUCAGGAUCUCCUCCAGACUCAACCCAGCUCAACAGCCAGCUAGAAAAGUUCCACAGUGCAGCAAAAGAGGUUUGCACACUACUCGUGGACCAAGUCGAUCGCUUGCCAAAGUCCGCUACCAACGCCGACUUCGAGGAUGCGGAAGCCCACAAGAUUCUGCUCGCUAGAUUGAAUUGGAACGGUCACUACUUCUAG